AUGCCCAAAUAUUUACGUGAUCCAGUUUCGCAUAUGGCGGAGAUCAGCGCUGCAUACUACAAGCUUCGGGAUGACAUUAAGACAAUCCGCUCUUACUUGAACCAAUUACCUUGUACCGACUCGGAAUCAUUCUCCUCUACAGCAGUCUUCAAGAAAUCUCAAAUUCAGGCAGUCAAUUCUGUCACACUUUCCUUAUUAACCAUUCUGAAUGCACUGAUUCGAGCAUAUAAUCCCGAUAACCAAGCUUUACGAAUGGAUACUACGAUAUACUGCGAACAAAUAGUACAUGAAGCGAAAGCGGCUUCUUGCUAUCGCCCGCUCGGUGCUGGAUACGUUUCGUUGUGCCUCGUUGUUGCACUAGCCGCGGCAGAUGACCCAGAGCAGAUAGAACGGAUCGAAGCCAUUGAAGCCGAAUACCAGACAGAUUUCAUAAAUACUGGCUGGAAGAAACGCGCCGUAUUACUGAAAAAGACGCUUGAGUAUCAUAAAAUUCGUGGGAAAUCUGAUGGUCUUGCUGAUGGUCAGGUUAUAAAUUCAGAAGUAUUGUGUUGCUUGAUGUGA